AUGGCCGGCCCGUCCGGCGCCUCCUCCUCGCGCGGCGCCGUCGACCGAUUCUACAGCCCGCCGCACGUGCGCCGCCAGCAGCAGGAGGAGCAGCUGCAGCGGCUCAAGGGCCUGGCCCAGGGGCAGGGGCAGCAGCGCCCGUCGUCCCCGGCGGCGGGCACGGUCACGCCCAGGGCCGCCGCCGCCAGGCAGCAGAAGACGCCACCGGCCGAGACGCCCGCCCCGGUCAAGGAGCCCGAGAGGCGGGCCGCCGACGCGCCCUCCAAGCCGCCCCCCGUGUCCGCGCCGGCCUCCACCGCCAAGGCGGCGGAUGCGGUCACCGCCGCUCCCCCGGCAGCGGCGCCCGCGGCGCUGGACGAGACGGGGAAUCUCGACAGGUUCCUCAGCUCCACCACGCCAUCUGUGCCCGUGCACUACUUGCCCAAGACCAGCAUGAGGGGAUGGAGGAUUGCUGAUGUUACGAAUUCUCGACCAUAUUUCUGCCUUGGAGAUCUCUGGGAGGCUUUCAAGGAGUGGAGCUUUUACGGGGCUGGUGUCCCCCUUGUCUUAAGUGGAAGUGAAUCUGUGAUUCAGUAUUAUGUGCCGUACCUUUCUGGUAUACAGUUGUAUGCGGACCCUUCAAAGCUUUCAUCAAGGACCAGGCAUCCUUGGGAGGAAAGUGAUGGGGAAUCUAUGGAUACUAGCAGCGAAGGUAGCAGUGAAACUGAUGCUGACCGAUUAAGAAGCUCAAGCGUGGAAGCUACAUGUCGAUUGGAGGGUGGCUUUCAAAGGGAUGGUGAUGAAAUGCACUCACCAUCGACUCGUCCAAUUUUCGAAUAUCUUGAGACGGAUCCACCAUUUGGUAGAGAGCCAUUAACAGACAAGGUAUCAGUUCUUGCAACCAAAUUUCCAGAUUUGAAGACAUUUAGAAGUUGUGACCUGCUGCCAACCAGUUGGAUGUCUGUUGCAUGGUACCCUAUCUAUAGAAUCCCAACUGGACCAACACUCAAGGAUUUGGAUGCAUGUUUCUUGACAUUUCAUUACUUAUCAACACCUUCCAAGGAUACUGAUCCCAGUACACCAGCAUGCCCCAGUUUUGGGGGCCUUAAUUGCAGUAUUAAUGCCGCUGGUAAACUAACAUUGCCUGUCUUUGGACUGGCAUCAUACAAAUUAAAGAGCUCUGUUUGGUCCUCAAAUAGGCCUGAGGAGCAGCAGCGUGCAGCUUUGUUGAUGCAGACAGCAGAUGAAUGGCUUCGCCAUCGCCAAGUGUACCAUCCAGACUUCCGAUUCUUUCUCACCCACUAUAACACAGCAUUGAGAUGA